AUGUGGAAGGCUUCAUUCGUUAUGGCCAUGGCCGCCCUGGUGUCUGCUGCCCUACCGGAUUUUGCACUUCAGGCCGUCCUUGAAAAUGCCACUCCAAUAUUUGGAUCAUACACCAAAAAUACAUCGAGCACAAUAGAAUGGAUGAAGAGCUAUCCCGAUGAGACCUUGCUCGUUCAUAUGAACAUCCCUGGCACCCAUGACAGCGCCACGUGGAAUUACACCCAGGCAACGCAAGAUGCCCUGCGGGGCAUCACAGAUCUCAAUCAGGUAUCUGUUCCAGUGCCAGAAAUGCUUCGUUGUCAGGAGUUAUCCUUGAUCGAUAUGCUCAAUAUGGGAAUCCGCGCAUUUGACCUGCGGUAUGCUUUCGACCCGACAAAUUCAACCCUCAUCUUUUAUCACGCUCAGGCCCUGCUCUCGCAGACAGCCACAGUCAAUGAUGUGCUGUUUGGCUUUUACGCAUGGCUUGAUGAUCAUCCGUCGGAGACAAUAUUUCUCUCGUUUCAAUACCAAGGGUUGACAGCUCUGUAUGCAUCCAACAACGCGGCCGUACAGCUACAGCUCUAUAACACCCUCACCUCUCCCGCUGCACGCCACUACUUCCUUCAAACCAAAGACAGACUUGGGACACUGGGUGAAUCACGCGGCAAGAUUACUCUCAUGCGCCGAUUUGAUCUGGACAAGCUUCCGGAAUCUUACACAACUGCUCUCCCUGGCUUGCAUUUCCCCCCUGCUCUCUGGACCGAUAACAGCCCAGAUCUCACUUUGGUAUACAACAAGGACGAGGAUCUGACUGCCUACAUAGAAGACUACUACCAACCCCUCACACCAACAGGGUCGAGCGCGGUUGAGAACAUCAAGUGGAAAUAUAAUGUCACGGUGGAACACAUCCGCAAAGCAACUAGCCAACACCCGGACAGUCUCUUCUGGACCUGGGCAUCUGGUACCAACAUAGCAAAUAUUCCCCCUGAUUGGCCUCGGAUCAUGGCUUUGGGGAAUGGUAGCGACUACACACCAGCUGGUGGAGUUAAUCAGCACCUAGUGCCAUUCCUGGGAGGCCUUAAAGGCAAGCGAGUGGGAAUCGUGAUGUUCGACUUCUUUAAUCAGCCUUCCGACCUGAUUGAUACAUUCCUUAAUCUAUGA